CUGCUUAGAGCUCGCCUGCCAAGAGGUCCGAGUCAAUUGAUCUUAGCAUUUAGGCAUCCAUAUUGAUACCUACCCGCGACGGACUCCUCACACACAAAGUGUGACAUGACCGAAAUCUUACCACCAGAGCUCCUUUCCCGCAUAUUCCGCUAUUCUCGAUCGUGGUUACGAGAAGAGCACUCAUUCGAUGACAACGAUGACAGAGAAGAAUUCAUCGUCUUCGGAAACUCGACUUAUAUUCUCGACCCGACGAAAUGCCCAACUUUGUUUCGAGUUCUUCUCGUAUGCCAUCGGUGGCGAGAUCUCGCCUUGGCGGAGAGUCGUCUAUGGACGGACAUCAGCGUCGAUGACCCACCGUCCCCGUUGUUAUGCUUCUUUCUGGAGUACUCGAGGAUUCAGCCUCUUUCUUUCUCUGGUUGGACCCAGAUCUCUUCCCCAGUUGUCACAGGAAGAUUUAAAACCAUCCUGAAUCAUAUUUCUCGAAUCGAAUCACUGUCUCUCGACUUCCCCGGCCGUAAGCCUGCACCAUAUUCCAACAUAAUGGGAGAAUUGUCUUCUGCGGUUGUCUCCGAACCGGGCUUGAAGACGCUGAGUAUUCGAUGGUCUGAACGUAGGAGAGGUAUGAUGCCGCCCUCAUACCGAAUCCUCGACGUCCCACCAUUUCCCCCGUCGCUCUCAUCCAUCACCCUCGAUCAAGUCCUACUAUCUGUCCCUAUCCCGUGUGAAGGGAUCACAUCCUUUCACAUGGAGAGAGCACCCCGGCCAUGGGAAUAUCAUCUUUCAGAUGCAAUGUUAGAUGCGAUACAUAAUAUGCCCAACUUGGAGUCGUUGCACAUCAAGUAUGACCCCAAUCGAUUUCAUUCAUUCGACAUUCCUGCAGUAGAACUGAACCCGAGAGUUCCACCCAUAUCGCUACCUCGACUUCGUGAUUUCUGCUUCUCUGGCACUCCGAUAUGCUAUGUGUGUAUACUUCCUUCACUAUCCAUCCCCGUGACCACUUCGAGAAACAUCGAGCUCCGUGAUAGAUACAGGUACCACAGCGGACGGGUGCCAGAGGAACCGAUAAUCGAUGAUCCUCGUUACUUCGUCUCUGACGUAGAGAACACCCUGGCAGCUCGAAACUCGCUAUAUGGUCGAGACGAGACUUUCCGGGUCCAUUUUUCUUUACUGUUCGUGAAGGACGUCUUCAUCCUGAAGGUCCUUGUCACGCUCGCACCUAAGCGCCGGCUUGCAUCCAGCACAUUUGAUCACGCACUCAACGUGAACGACGAUGAUAACACUGCGCUCGUUCUCAGCAUACGAUACACGAUACCAUUCACCCCCAGAUAUGACUUGGACCACGAGGAGCUGGAUGAAGAAGAAAGAGCUGCUAUCCACGCUACCAUCCUUACAUUCAUUUCUACCAUUUCUCGCGCGUUCCGCACCGACGCAGUCGACCAUCUUCAUCUCAGCUCGAACGUCUCCAUCUUCCCAGAGCUUAGAUCCUCUGUCGAGAGCGAUCAUACCGACGCGAAGUCGAAGUGGACGCCAUCUUUCCUGACCUGGACAGAGAUUCGUUCUCUUCAUAUCGAAGGAAAAAGCGCGGCGGAAUGGAUCGCCCCUCACCUUUCGGAGACGAGACGAUGGGGGAAUGAGACGUCCGUCGUGGUAUUUCCGAAGCUCCAGGAGCUGCUGCUCGACGAGCUCGACCGAGCGUACUACUGCGAUCCCGACGGUUACAGCCGUCGUGAACUUUGGUCUACCCGAUGGAAAUUCAAUAUCCUCGAACUAGGGAAACGCUGGGAGCUCGUGUUUCAAGUCCGAGCGUCGUGCGAAGGGAGGAAGCUGCGGGGGUUGGUCUUGGUUGAAGGAGUUGCGUGUAGCAGGUCUAAGUGGAACGAGUGGCAUGCCAUACUGAGAAAUGGAGGAUGGAUAGAGAACAACAAUAUCCGGUGGGUUGCGGAGUGCAACUUUGACGAUCCCGAUGAUUGCUCUUCGCAUGAGGAUGAGGGAUGCAAGAAGAUCGAGCAGUUAGGGGAUGGUGUAGAAUGCUUGGAUACAGAUUGGUAUAGGAGGAUUUGUGGUGGACUAUGUCAUGAUUUCUGUGCACGGUCUUUGGAGUACUGAUUACACUGUUUCCUUCCUUCCUUCCCGAACGUUUGAACUUGGCGAUCGUGUACAUCUAUGAAUGCAAC